AUGAAUCAGAGGCAUUCUGUAUUAUAUAUUUACUUUUCUCCCGUUUUGCAGGUCUGCCGCCACUUCUUAGUAAAAUUCUGUCCACAUGACCUCUUCACAAAUACCAAAUCAGAUCUUGGUCCUUGUGAGAAAACAAUCCAUGAUGAGGAUCUUAAGAGAGAGUUUGAAAAUUCUAAUUCCUAUCGCCGCACUGCCUUUGAAGAUGAAUUUGUUCGAUAUGCAGAAUCAAUGCUUACUGAUGUAGAUAAAAGAAUUAGAAAGGGAAAACAACGUCUUUCUCUUUCAGUUAAGGAUGCCUUGGAUAGUAGCACUACAGGUGAUGGACGGGUUGAUGAGCAACUGGAACUUCUCUCUGAGAGAAUAACAGGAUUGGUCAGUGAAGCCGAACGUUUAGGAUGUGAAGGAAAUGUCGAAGAAGCACAGGGUUUACUAAAACUCUGUGAUCAGCUACGUGAAGAAAGAGAUCAGCUUCGUCGAAGUAGUGAGAAUUCAGUGUGGCAUCAGGCUGCAGAGAUGGCAGCAUCUCAGGAGAAACAGAUGGAGGUGUGUGAAGUGUGUGGUGCAUUUCUAAUCGUAGGUGAUGCUCAGCAGCGGAUUGAUGACCACCUGACCGGUAAACAGCAUGUCGGAUUUGCUAGGCUUCGCCAAGCCAUCCAGGAGAUCAGAGAUAGUCGAGAUAAGGCAAGAACUGAUCGAGAAUUACUUCGUGAAAAGGAACGAGAUGAGAGACGUAAAGCAUUGUUAGAAGAAGAGAAACGCAAGGAAAGGGAAAGAGAAGAUAGACGGAAGAAAGAAGAAGAAAGAAGGCGCAUAAGCCGUGAAAGGGAAAGGAGAGAUCUCAGUCGAGACAGAGAUCGUGAUAGAAUGAGGGAUCGUGAUAGAGACCGCGACCGCAGAGACAGGAGACGUUCUCGCAGCAGAGACCGUAGACGCUCUCGCAGCAGAGAAAGGAGUUACAGAAGCUCUAAUUCCAAGGACAGAGAUAGAAGAGAUAGAGAGAGAGACAGACAUCAUCGAUCACGUAGUCGUGAACAUGACCGUAGGAGAUACAGGGAGGAGAAUGGGCACAUACGACCACGUGACUACUGAUGGCAACAGGGCUUAGGGAGGAAACUGAGAGGGGGACGUGGAGAGGCGAGGUGGAUGAACAGGGCAUGAAGGCUUAAGCAGUGAGUGAUCUCCAUUUGAGGAUUACCUUCUGGAACAAGCAAAGAAGACUUCCAAGCUACAUCUACAGUACACUCAUAAGGGGACUAAACUAGCAGUGUGGUUUGUUGGAGAAUGCAGAAUUUCGGGACGUGCCUUCAGUCGCCACUUUGUUUAGCCAGGUGAUCCCCAACUUUCACUCCCUUCUCUGCCUCCCCCACUAGGCCUCUUCCCAGCCCUACCCAUCAUGACUUCCCUGAUGGGCAUUCAUAGGUUCAACGAUGAUUUUAUAAAUCAUGAGUUAGUGUAUAUUUUUUUUCCUUUAAGAUCUUAUUGUAUAAUAGUUACAAUGGGUGAUGUUCUGUAACAAACAUUGUUUGAAUGUAAAAUUUUAUAUUAUAUACAGUUUGUUUACAGUUCACACUACAAGUACUUUUGUGAUGUUAAUGCUAGGGUGAUGAAACAUCUUUCCUGUUCAUCUUAGUUUAGGUGCGAUAACCUCUUCAAACAGAGUUGUGAUGCUGUUUAAGGAAGUUCGUUGGUUGUCCGGUCACAUUCCAUCAGUUAUCUCAUCUCUUCACUCUAGUAAGGUGAGAUAUUGUGAAUUGUGUCAAUAAAUGUAUAAACAAUU